AUGGAUUCAAAAUCUUCUCAUCUCCCUAACAUUCUCUUUAUUGUUUGUCUCUCGUGCCAGUAUUUCAACUUCUCUUCAGGGAUUGCAGACACUGAAGCAGAGUACAACAGAUGGAUUUCUUGGCAUGUCAAGAACCACCAGAGGAAGACAACGAUGAGAGGAAACUCAGCAAAUCAAGGCCCCAACCUUGAUGACAAGUUGUUGAAUGCUGAGAAGAAGAAAACGACAUUAAUUGUCAGUCAGGAUGGGACUGGUGAUUUCAAGACCAUCAAUGAAGCUAUUGCCAGCAUUCCAAAACACAACACUAGGAGAGUUAUUCUCAAUAUCAAACCAGGCCUCUACAGAGAAAAGGUUAAUAUCACCAAAGACAAGCCUUUUAUUACAUUUUUUGGGGAUUCAGGGUCAGAAAACCCACCAACAAUUAGUUGGAAUGACACCGCAGAAAUUGUUAACAAGACACUCAAUAGUGCCUCUGUUAUUGCAAGUGCAGAUUAUUUUGUGGCCAUAAACAUGAAAUUUGAGAACACAGCUCCUCAUUAUGAAAAUGGAUCGGAAAAACAACAAGCUGCUGCAAUUCGUAUAUCAGGGAACAAGGCAGCAUUUUACAAUUGUACAUUUCUGGGUAAACAAGACACUCUAUAUGAUCAUAAGGGCAUGCACUAUUUCAAUAACUGCUAUAUCCAAGGAUCUGUUGAUUUCAUUUGUGGCCAUGCACUGUCCCUUUAUGAGAAGUGCGUGUUGAAUUCGACUGCGGACAAGAUGGGCUUUUUGACGGCCCAAAACCGGUCCAACGCUACAAUGGAAAGUGGGUUUUCAUUCAAGGACUGUUUGGUUACAGGGAGUGGGUUGAUUUAUCUUGGAAGAACAUGGGGUGAUUAUUCAAGGGUUGUGUUCUCCUACACGUUUAUGGACAAAAUUGUUCUUCCAAAAGGAUGGAGUGAAAUGGGUGGUCAUCCAAAAAAUCAUUCGACGGUUUAUUAUGGGGAAUACAAAUGUGAAGGGCCUGGAUCCAAUUUAACAGGGAGGGUGCCAUGGUCAAAAAACUUGACAGAUGCAGAGGCAAAACCUUUUAUAGGGGAUUACUUUGUGGAUGGAGAUACUUGGCUUAUAUAUUAGACCUAAUUGAGAACUCUUGUGUAGCUCUUUUAUGAAUUAUUUAUUUUUACCAUAACUACAAUGCAUGAGCAGCCUGAUUAUUAAU